AUGGACAGCAGAGUGUCUCCCGAAAUUCCCGGGAUCAGGCUCCCGGCUAGUGUAAUGCAAGAUAUUCGAAUGUUGGUAUGCAAACUGUUGAACAGUCCCAAACCUACCAAGACAUUUCCCGGCUCACAACCGAUCAGUUUCCACCACUCAGAUAUAGAGGAGAAACUCUUGGCUCAGGACUACUACGUAUGUGAAAAAACUGAUGGAUUGAGAGGACUGAUGUUAAUGGUAAUCAAUCCGGUAACUAAAGAGCAGGGCUGCUUUAUCAUUGAUAGAGAAAAUAACUAUUUCCAAGUCUCCGGGUUUCGGUUUCCAAGACUGCCUAAACAAUCCCGCAAAGAACUUUUAGAGACGUUUCAGGACGGCACACUUAUCGAUGGUGAACUGGUGAUCCAGACAAACCCUGUGACGAAAUUGAAAGAGCUGCGAUAUCUGAUGUUCGACUGUCUUGCUAUCAAUGGCCGCUGCAUAGCUCAAUCCCCAACAAGUUCUCGACUGGCUCAUCUUGGCAAAGAAUUUUUCAAGCCCUACUACGAUUUGCGCUCGUUGUACCCUGCACAAUGUAGCACGUUCCCAUUCAAAAUCUCUAUGAAAGUUAUGAACUUUAGUACAGAUCUUUCGAAGGUUGCACAUUCUCUUGAUAAGCUUCCUCACGUAUCAGAUGGACUUAUUUUCACUCCCGUCAACACGCCCUAUACUAUCGGUGGGAAAGAUUCAUUACUGUUGAAAUGGAAGCCCGAGGAAGAGAAUUCUGUUGAUUUCAAGAUGAUCCUUGAAAUUCCUUUGGCUGAAGAUACCUCCUUACCCAAAAACGAUGCAAAUCGUUUUUAUCAUAACUAUGAAGUCAAACCAUCAUUCCACCUUUACACAUGGCAAGGCGGUGCAGACGUCAAUGCAAGAUUACAAGCUUUUGACCAGCCAUUUUCUAAGAAAGAGCUUGAUCUUCUCGAUAGAACGUACAAGAAGUUUGCAGAGCUAGAAAUCAGCAAUGAAAAGUGGCAGGAACUGAAAUCACUUGACGAGCCACUCAAUGGAAGGGUUGUGGAAUGCACGAAAGACCAAGAGACUGGUGUUUGGCACAUGCUUCGAUUUAGAGAUGAUAAGCUGAACGGAAAUCACGUCUCGGUAGUAAAGAAGGUUUUAGAAAGUAUCAGCGAUUCUGUUAAAAUAGAGGAUCUCGAGGAGGCAACCACAAAAAUGAAAGAAAACUGGCAAUUGCGACAUUCAGACCGGAAGCGUAGCUUUCAAGAAGCUCAUCGACCUUCGGCUUCAGAAGACGUGGAUCUGAAUACUACCAACGGCGGUCAAAGCUUUAAACAACCUGACUACGUCGAUGACGACGACGAGGACGACGACGAUAUGUGGCCUGAUAAUGAUGAAGAUCUUGAAACAGAGCCAAAAAAGCCCAAGCUGUGA